AUACAUAAAAAACCAAUAAAAAUUCUUUAUUAGAAUGAUUUCCAUUGAAUCCUAAUUUUCUAUUGGUAAUUGUUCUUUGGCCUUACGUCGUGUGUCGUAAUUUUUACAUGAGAAAGAAAAGGAUAGAAAUAUUGUUUGUCUCUUUCAUGCAUCUCGUUCUCGAGCGACUUUCGUGCAGCUAUUGUGAAUUAGCCUUUACACCGUUAUAACCAAACCGAAAAAAGUUCUAAAAAUAUCUCUCGUUUUGCAAAUAUACAAUACGCGAUUGCAGGCAUUUGUCCUUUAAACUAAUUAUAUUACAUUAAAUUCAACAAAAAUGGCUACUUCUGAGGAAUCUGGUAGAGCAAGUAAAGAAGAAAAUUAUUCUUUUUCUUUGAAAUAUAUUUUUAACUGGACAAUCAAUGACUUCGAGUUUGCUUGUAAAAACUAUAAAGUAAUUAGAUCUCCAGAAUUUUCAACAAAGAAUUUUAAAGAUGACAAGUGGACAAUUACUUUGGAACCUACAGUGUUAAGUUUACACAAUGAAGAUUUUUUUAAAAUUCAUUUGAUCUUUGACGAUACAAAAAUCAAAAUGAAUGAUAAAUUAUUAAAUGUUCGAAUUUCAUUUCAAAGGAUAGAUAAUUCUAGGAUUGUUAAAUCAUUUGACACUAAUAUUGCAGUUCAAAGUGAAAAUUGCUUAUCUUGGAAAAUAGGAGGAGUAGAUUUUUUUCGUAACAUUAGAGAAAGUGCACCAAUAAACAGGCAUGGAAUGAGAGAUACUAUAGUCCCAAAUUCAAUUGACGUAAUCUGCGAGAUUAAUGUGGUUUUUCCUGAUAAGACUAUAUUUCAAAAACCGCUUAUUGAUAUUGAAAAUUGUAUUGGACUAAUAGAAAGUAAUAAAAAUUUUCUCGACAAUGAAGAAUUCAAAGAUGUUACGUUUAAUGUUGAGGAUCAAAAAUUUACUGCUCACAAAAUUAUUCUCGCAAGUCGAAGUCCUGUGUUUGCUGCAAUGUUCAAGAACAAAAUGACUGAGGGACUAACAUCCGUUGUUGAAAUUGAUGACAUAAAACCAGCAAUCUUUCAACAAAUGCUGAAUUUCAUCUACACAGAUCGAGUGGAGAAUCUAGAAGAAUCAGCAUUCGAAUUAUUGUACGUUGCGGAGAAAUAUCAACUGGGAAAACUUAAAAUUUUAAGCAUCAACAGUCUUAAUGACAAACUAUCUUCAAAGUCAGUUAUUAAGACUCUGGAGGUCGCCGAAUUGUAUUCAAUUGAUCUGCUAAAAAAUGAAUGUCUAAAAUUUAUCAACGACAGAAGGUGUGACAUUAUUGAAACAAAGGAGUUUCAGCAAUUAUUAUUAAACCGUCCAAGUUUAUCGAUAGAUAUUUUAAAAGUAGACAGAGCAAGACGAAGCGAAUGUUGUGAAUCUUAUGAAUUAAGAUAAAUCGAUUACAAAACCUUUUCUUCAAACUCCUUUAAAUUGUUUCCAGUAAUAUUUAUAAAUAUAUAUAAA